AUGAUUGGCGCCGACGGACGUUUCCAGUUACGGCACCGCCUGUCAUUCCUCGCGCUGGACCGUGCGGUUAUAAAAGCUCGCCGGCUCUGUCCGACACACGGCCGAUUCGACUUUGCUUCCUUUUUCAAGCCUUCCCAAACCAUUCAAAUAGUCAUUCUCAUACAAAGAUUCCUAAUUUCAGCCGCAGAAAUGUUCUCUUCGAAGAUGAUCUUUUCGUGCGCCUUGGUCGCCAGCUGCGCCGCCACCAUCGUGAGUUGUUUAGUAUUAAUAAGAUUCAUUCUAAAGACGACUAGUGGCUAUUUGAAUUUGCAAUCAUUUUCUCGUACACGUCGAAAAUUUGAGACACGGGUUCGAAUUUUAAUUAAUGUAUCAAAGUUGAAUUUGAAACUUGUCCUUAUCAAAAACAUACCUAUCGAAAAUUUCGAUAAACCUCCAAUCACUAUAUUAUUAAAAGAAAGUCUGAAAAUCUGUCUGUACUUGGCAACAUGAAAAGGAACCAGGAUAUGAAAAAUCCGUAAUUACUUGACUUGACAUAAAAAUCAUACAAGUUUUGCGUGAAUAAGAAUAUAGACUGCAUUCGAUAAGGAUAAAAACACUCAAUCUCGGACUUUCUGAAGCAUCUUGGAACACCAUUUUAAAAAAAAGCUGUCUUUUUUCCAUGUUCAAAGUUUGAGAGAGCUUUUAAUGAACGAGGAAUUGAAACUCAAAGAUAAAAUAGGAAGUCAAUUGUAACAACUUCCUUUCCAGAUAACAUAACACUCUUACUAGCCUUCAACUUUCAUGCAAACAACUUCAGAAGACUAAAUGUUUCAGUUCAACGAGGACUCGUUGGAAACGACGCCAGCCGACCAAUCAGCCGCCGCGACGACUUCGACGGCGCUGGUCAUCCGUGCCAAACGUCAGUGCGGAGGCAUGGGAGGCUGCGGAUGCGGAGGAUCAUGCGGCGGAGGCUGUAUAGGAGCCGGAUGCGGCGGAGGAUGUAGCGGCGCGUCUUGCGGCGGCGGAUGUAGCGGCGCGUCUUGCGGCUGCGGCAGCCUCGGAAUGUGUGGAUCGGUAGGCGACGUCGGCGGUUGUUGAGAUCCUUGGACCUUCAGACUUGCUGUCCUUCGGCACCCCCUCCGUGCACUUGCGGAACUCCUGGCUGUGCUCAAUGCGUCACCAACACCGUCUACGUUCCGGUGCAGCAGACGACCUGCUGCCGCUGCUGCCAGCCAGUUUGCACUCAGGCUUGCGUCAACGUAAGAGCGUCUCAUUUUCUUGAUACUUGACCGUCCGAGUUCUGCAGGGGGGAGGAUGCAGCUGCGGAUGCACCCGCGGAGGAUGCGGCCGUAAGCGUCGCAGUCUUCUCGCUAUCGCCAACGAAGAAAUGAGCAAGAACGGCGACAGCAUGAUCUAA